AUGCUGGAAAGAGCUAAGGUUCUCAUGGAAGGUCCUUGGAAGAUCAUGGAUCACUACAUCACGGUGCAGAGAUGGCGUCCCAAUUUUGUGGCAGCGAAAGCGAGUAUUCCUUCUACGGCAGUUUGGAUUCACAUCCCUGGGCUUCCUAUCGAGUACUUCAAGGAAAGUAUCUUGUGUAAUAUGGGUAAGCUUGUUGACAAACCACUUAAGAUUGACUACCAUACAGCUUGGUCAACAAGAGGACGAUUUGCUAGAAUAUACGUAGAAAUUGACCUAGACUCUCCCCUGUUGUCUAAAGUUCGUAUAGAAAAUAGGGUAUACAAUAUUGAAUAUGAGGGUUUGCACUCUAUUUGCUUCAAGUGUGGUGUUGUGGGUCACAGAGUUUCCGAUUUUUUUGUUAAUCAGAAAGAAGUCCAAGGAAUAGAGAGGCCAACAUGGAACCACAAGUGUCAUAACAUGAAGGUAGGCAGGAAGUUGAGGAACAUGAGAAAAUUCAACAAGAAGAGAAAGAAUUAG